CUCCUAAUCCAAAACAUUCAUCAUUUUCAGGCCCCUUACCUUAAAGCCAGUCAACCUCCAAGCACCGACUCCAAGGAACCAACCCAACGUCCUUCAUUCCCUCCACCUCCACGCCCGGCGCCAUGCCGCCCGCUCUCCCCCUCUCCCUCCUCCUCAUCCUCCUCCUCCUCGCCGUCACGGGCGCCGCGGCAGCGUCCGAGGUGGGAGUGCUCCUCGCCUUCAAGCGCGCCCUCACCGUCCCGCCCGCGGCCGCGGGCUACUUCGUCACGUGGGACGCCACUGCCGCCUCCCCCUGCAACUUCACCGGCGUCACGUGCGAUCCCCGCGGCCGCGUCACCGCCGUCUCCGUCCACGCCCAGGGCGUCGCCUCCGCGUCGGUCCCGUUCGAUGACCUCUGCGCUGCGCUGCCCGCCCUCGCCACGCUUUCCCUGCCGGAGAACGCGCUUGCAGGCGGCAUCGACGGGGUGGUCGCGUGCGCGGUGCUCCAGGACCUCACGCUCGCGUUCAACGGCUUCACCGGCACCGUGCCGGACCUAUCGCCGCUCACGAGGCUCCGCAGGCUCAACGUCUCGUCUAACAGCUUCGCCGGGGCGUUCCCGUGGGCUGCGCUGGCGGCCAUGCCGGACCUUGCCGUGCUCGCGCUCGGCGACAACCCGUUCUUCGCGCCGACCGACGCGUUCCCGGACGAGGUCACUGGGAUCACCAACCUCACCGUACUGUACAUGUCAGCGGCCAACAUCGGCGGCGUCAUCCCGCGGGGCAUCGGCAACCUGGUCAACCUCGUCGACCUCGAGCUCUCCGACAACAACCUCACCGGCGAGAUGCCCAAGGAGAUCGCACGGCUCACCAACCUCCAACAGCUCGAGCUGUACAACAACUCCCUCCGCGGCGAGAUCCCCUGGGGGUUCGGCAAGCUCACCAAGCUGCAGUACCUCGACGCAUCCCAGAACAAGCUCACCGGCAGCCUCGCCGAGCUCCGGAACCUCACGCAGCUCGUGUCGCUGCAGCUGUUCUACAACGGCUUCACUGGUGAGGUGCCCUCGGAGUUCGGCGAGUUCAAGGAGCUCGUGAACCUAUCCCUGUACAGCAACAACCUCACCGGCGAGCUGCCGCAGAGCCUCGGGAGCUGGGCGCAGUUCAACUUCAUCGACGUGUCGACGAACGCGCUGUCUGGGCCAAUCCCGCCGGACAUGUGCAAGCAAGGCACCAUGCUCAAGCUGCUCAUGCUCGAGAACAACUUCUCCGGCGGGAUACCGGCGACCUACGCGAGCUGCAAGACGCUGCAGAGGUUCCGGGUCAGCAAGAACGCGCUCUCCGGCGAUGUGCCCGAGGGGUUGUGGGCGCUCCCCAACGUCAACGUCAUUGACCUUGAGGGGAACCAGUUCACCGGCGGCAUCGGCGACGGCAUCGGCAACGCCAAGGCGCUCACCAAUCUCCUCUUGGCCGGGAACAGAUUCACCGGCGUGAUACCGCCAUCGAUCGGCAACGCGUCAAGUCUCGAGAUCAUCGACGUAUCGUCGAACGAGCUGUCCGGGGAGAUACCGGACAGCAUCGGGAGGCUGGCCCAUCUCGGCAGACUUAACAUUACGGCGAAUGGGAUCAGCGGAGCCAUCCCGGGGAGCCUCGGCUCGUGCUCGGCACUUAGCACGGUCGAUUUCUCCGAGAACAAGCUCACCGGCGCGAUCCCGGCGGAGCUGGGCAACCUGUCGCGGCUGAAUUCUCUGGACAUCUCCGGGAACGACCUCUCCGGCGCUGUGCCGGCGAGCCUCGCCGCUCUGAAGCUGAGCUACUUGAACAUGUCUGACAACCGGCUCACAGGUCCCGUGCCGGAGGCGCUCGCCAUCUCGGCCUACGACGAGAGCUUCGUCGGGAACCCAGGGCUGUGCGCCACCAACGGCGCGGACUUCCUCCGCCUCUGCACGCCAAACUCCGGAGGCAGCUCGGCGAACGCCGCACGCAUGAUCGUCACAUGCAUCCUCGCCGUCACGGCGGUCUUGCUCGCAGUGCUUGGCGUGGCCAUAUACAUCAAGAAGCGGCGCCUUGCGGAUGCCGAGGCGGCCGGCGCCGUAGGUUCCGCGGGGAAGCUGUUCGCCAAGAAGGGGUCUUGGGACCUCAAGUCGUUCAGGACCCUGGCGUUCGACGAGCGCGAGAUCAUCGACGGCGUCCGCAACGGGAACCUGAUCGGCAGCGGCGGGUCCGGGAACGUGUACCGCGUCAAGCUCGGGAACGGCGCCGUCGUCGCUGUAAAGCACAUCACCCGGGCGCGCGCGGCGGCCGCGAGCACGGCACCCUCGGCCGCCAUGCUGCGGUCGGCGUCCGCGGCGCGGCGCACGGCGUCGGUGCGGUGCCGCGAGUUCGACUCGGAGGUGGGCACGCUGAGCUCCAUCCGCCACGUGAACGUGGUUAAGCUCCUCUGCAGCAUCACCAGCGAGGAUGGCGCCGCGAGCCUGCUGGUGUACGAGCACCUCCCCAACGGCAGCCUCUACGAGCGGCUCCAUGGCCCCGAGGGCCGCAAGCUGGGCGGCCUCGGGUGGCCCGAGCGUCACGACAUUGCCGUCGGCGCGGCGAAGGGCCUCGAGUACCUCCACCACGGUUGUGACCGGCCCAUCCUGCACCGCGACGUCAAGUCCAGCAACAUCCUCCUGGACGAAUCGUUCAAGCCCCGCAUCGCCGACUUCGGCCUCGCCAAGAUCCUCAACUCCGCCACGCUGGACUCGUCCGUCGGCGUCGUCGCCGGCACGCUCGGCUACAUGGCGCCAGAGUACGCGUACACAUGGAAGGUGACGGAGAAGAGUGACGUGUACAGCUUCGGCGUGGUGCUGCUGGAGCUGGUGACGGGGCGGGCGCCGAUCCAGGCGGAGGGCGGCGAGAGCAAGGACCUCGUGGACUGGGUGUCGCGGCGGCUGGACAGCCGGGACAAGGUGAUGUCCCUCCUGGACGCCCGGAUCAGCGAGGACUGGGCCAAGGAGGAGGCCGUCCGGGUGCUGCGCGUGGCCGUUCUGUGCACCAGCAGGACGCCGUCGAUGCGCCCCUCCAUGCGCACCGUCGUGCAGAUGCUGGAGGACGCGGCCGGCGGGCGGGACUACAGCAUGGCCGCGCCGGGGAAGGUCGUGGAGGUCAAGGUGAUCCCCUAGGCCAGGCCGUGUCCGGCAACGGCGCAAAGAUUGAACAACUCCGAUCCAUAGCGACCGUCCGGUCGGAGGACGAAAGGUCGAGAUCGAACACGCAAGAAACUUCCCUGCAACCCCCUGCUUGAUCUUGGCUCUUCGCUGAUAGAUCGGACGGGUGCCGAAGCUUGUAUCUACUGUAUGUAGAUAGGAUUGGUCAGAGCUCAGAAUCCAUUUCAGGCCAAAGCAGUAGCAUGUGUAGAACACUAGCACUGAGAUUACUGCCAAAAUAAUUACCCAAGCAAUAUGCAGCUGUAACAGUAAGAUAAUAGGCAGUUUUGUAAUCAUUCAGAGACAGGUCAAUGGAAUGCAGUGAUAUUUGGCUC